CCCAGCGCAUCCGUAACCCGGGGCAACUGUCGCCCUCGAUCGCUGGAGGGGACUAAGUUGUCCCGGGGCCUUCCACCCUGCUGGCCCCACAAGAGGGUGCGAGCGGCCGCGGCCGCUUCCCCGCCUCCGGGGCAAGGCCCCAGACCAGUACCCGGGCGGCAGAGCCAGAAGCCCUGCCAGUUCGAAAGGAAGCUGCCCUCUGGGGCGGGGAGGCCAAAGGAGGAGAUUUCAUUCAUUUCCUCUGAUGUCAUAUUGGAAAACAUUAGGAUGUCCACAGAUCUUUGACCUUCCAUAGUUUAAUCUGUAUUUCCAACUAUAGGAAGAAGAUGUUAAAAACUUUAAGCAACCAUCACAGUAAUGGAUCUUGGUCAGAAAAAUGAGACUGAGUUAGAAAAUAGUGAAAAUAAUGAAAUUCAAAGUACAGAAGAAACUGAAUUAACCUUUACUUGUCCAGAUGAAAUAAGCGAAAAGAAUCAUGUUUGUUGUCUUCUCAAUAUCAGUGAUAUUACGCUUGAACAAGAUGAAAAAGCCCACGAGUUUGUCAUCGGAACUGGAUGGGAAGAAGCAGUCCAAGGCUGGGGCAAGACUUCACCAACCGCCUGCAUCUGGCCCAGAAAGAAGCCUAAAAAGGCAAGGGCGGGAGAAAGUGCCAGCAGCUGCUUCCUCUGUGUCAGUCUCUCCCAAGGGAGCUUGGAGGCCAGGCCUCAGUUGGAGGCGGGCAAAUUGGAGUCAGGGGCUCCGGCUGAGGUGGGCCCAGAGAAGGAUCAAGGCAGCCCCUCCCAGACUCAGGGGCGCCCCCCUGCCUCCAGGGAGAUGAGCAAGAUCUGCUUUCCCACCUACAAUCAGGGAGAGAAAAAAAGUCUGCAAAUAAAGGAGUUUAUUUGGUGCAUGGAAAACUGGGCCAUCCCCGAAACUGUUAGGGGCAAGGACCCCAGAAAUCCCAGUGGAGGCGCUAACAGAGGUCCCUUCAUUUCAGACACCUUGACUUCCAAGGCCUUGUUAGUUCUACCUCCCCUGAAGGCUGCACCCCCAAAUGGCCUGGAUGAUCUGGGUAAGAAGAGUGAGAACUUUUUCUUGGAGCCGGAAGAGAGGGAGCUGAAUGUGGAAAAGGAUGAAUGUGUGCCUUGUGCAUAUGGAUUGAAUACAGUUGAUGGGAAAGGUGAGAAGAGACCCACUGAGCUGGCCAAACACCUUAAGGUCAACGACCCCCCGCCUUUCCCUCCCCCGGCGGCCCGGACAUCCCUGCUGGCCAGUCCUGAGCCGUGCUGCCUGCACUGGUCCCUCCUGCCUGAGAAAAACCUGGCGUGUCCUCCCAACUCCAACAACGUUCGCUAUCUUGCUGCCUUGCAGCUUUUGCAGAAACAGGGAGUGCAAAACCACAAAGCCAAAUUCAAAGCCAGGGAGCCGAGACCUCCCGUGAACACCCAAAAGCGCGCUCUCACGGAGGCCAAGCAGGAAAACAGGCACCAAACGCUGGAGACCAAAGUGUUCUCAAGAUCUCCCUUGCCGUCCGUCGCAGUGAGCAGGGUUGUUAUUCCUGUCUCCUCUCACAGAUUCCUCUGAGU